AUGAAUUUAGUCUCGUUCGAGCUUUCCACUUGUUCGAAUCUUCUGUUCUCGUACAAUACCAACUUCAGCGGAUUCUGGUCCCGCCGGCCUCAAGCGGAUGACAAAUCCUCACCUUCAUUCCUCGGCGGGUUGACCGAUCUCCAAAUCCAGAACCCUACGAUAAACUCCAUCACGCUUCCCAAAGAAUCAUUCUUUCCGUCCAAAGAAAACCUAGACUACCUCGAACACAUCCUCUACGAAACCAACAUCAUGGAGAACGCCGACUUACGGAGAGUUCUUCUGGAGAAAGCGAAAAAACACAGAACCUACUACGAAUCCCUGGUAGGUAGCGACUUUAUCGACACCAUGGGUUCGAUAAGCCCCGUACAGAUGGCGCUAGAAGUACCAGGCGCUGAAGUGAAGAGUAGCGCGUUUUCUUCGACUGUGACUAUUGAAGAAUCCGAUCCAGGUAGUAGAAAAUCACGACAAAGACGACGGGGUGUUUACGAAAUGGAUGGAACAGUGGAUGAACCAGAAGCCGAAUCGAAAUUCCGGAGUGUUAAGCAACUACGCGAAAAAUACUUGGGCAUGCUAGAAAAAACUUACAAGCAUUUGUCACUGGAUUGUAGUUCGAGUUUGGAUAGGGAAAAAUCCGAGCUUCUGGUGCCGCCUUCCAGCGGGUAUUGCAGUUCGUCUGCUUCGGGGGCUAGUGACGAUGAGCGAGAGAAAAUUUGGCCAACGAAGAAGGUGUCGAUACGGAGGAGUGCUAGUUCGGAUUCUGCGGUGCAUAGCGACGAAGAGGGGCCGGUGGGCGAAAGGUGGGGUGGGGAGAAAAAAGAAGAGGAGAUAGGGGCAGAAGCUUGCCUUCGCAGCCCCUACAGCCCAAGAGGUUCCCUGGACCAUUCCAACGUGCCCAGCAAAACCAUAAUCGAAGCCCACUACGUGCCUCUCCCCAUCGAUCGCAAGUUCAGCAUCGACUGCGCGAGCGAAGUGCCUUCGGACACGGUCGGCGACAGCCGAAGGCAGAGUUGUUUCAGUGAAGGUGAUAGUGAAGCGCCCCGGUACCGGUACUGGAGGACCCCUUCCGUGGUGGUCAGUGACUAUUCGGACGAUAUCAUGGGGCUGACGCUCGAAGAUAUCGAGUAUAUUCGUAGCAAGAGGGACGCCUCGGUAUCUCCCGAUUCGAGUUUGCACAGCUCAUGCAGCAAUUUGAACUAUUGCGGCUCUGCGAUCAGCGGGCUGGAUGGAGACUAUGUGAUGAGCAAGCCGUACAGGAAGUCCUCGAAUUGUUCCACUUGCUCCACUUUGAGCGACGAGGAGGAUAGUCCGCCCAGUAGAGAGGCUACGUUGCAGCCGCUGAAAAACAGAGAGUUUAACGAGUCCUACGACUUUCGAAGAGUCAAAGCUAUUUGCAUCUAG